CUUUGGACAGUGCCAAGGAGGUGCCUUCAGAGGAGAAUGCGCCGGACGAGGCUGGUGCUCAGUGUGCCUGCAGUGCCUCACAGCAGGUCAAAGAGCUUGAAGACGAGGUCAGGGAGCUACGCAAGCGGCUAGCAGUUGCUGAAAACAUGCUUGACUCCUAUGACAUGGUAAAAAAGUUGAGGAAAAUCUUGAGGAAGACGGAGAAAGACCCAUCUCCUGCUGUUGAAGCCGAAAGGGUUAACAUCGGCGGAGGCGUUUUGGUUGAGAAAACGCUCCUGGAGCGCCUCCAUUCUCACUGCAGUGGGCCUACAAAGUUCGCCAGGCAUCUUCUCCGGAGUGUUUUUACUCUGGAGGAGAUGCGUGGCAAAUCGCUCUUCGGGAAGGGCAGCAAUGCCAAUAAGAAUGCCGAAGUUAAGGAGGCACUGGACCCAGUCAGGGUCAACGCAGUGAUCGGCUACACAUGCAGCAAGUUUUCCACUUCAACACUGCAGCUGAAGAAUAGCUUGUCGUCGAUGUUGGCACGAGAGCUCAGGUGAUGUGCUGCGCACACGAAGUAUUUAUAAUAU